AAAUAAAUAAAAGUGAAUUUUUUUUAUAUUGAAGUUUUGGAAAAAUUUUCGUGUCUAAUUAAGAACGGGUGCCGCGUAAACUAGGUGACAAUGUCUCGCCAGUAGCAAUCUAGAAAGUGGGAUAAUUACCAGGAUCCAUAAUGACAUAUAAUGAACCGGUGGCGCCCAAACGAGACUCUUGGACCAUCUGACUCAUGUUAUCCUUAUUCGGACGUAUCCUCAAGGAUCAUUUCGCAACUUCCUAGUGCUAGACUGUACGAUAUAUAACAUGUCCUGUCAGAAAUUAGGAAUCCUUCAAAUUUUUAACGAGAUUAAUUUUAUUUCAGGAAUAAUAAACAGUGACGGAAGACUAUGGAAGGAACAGAGGAAAUUCCUUCAUGACAAGCUACGUCGCUUGGGGAUGACAUAUUCAGGACAAGGAAAACACGAAAUGGAGGCUAGAAUAAUGAAAGAAGUAGAAGUGUUCCUCCACACCCUGAGCAAGGAAAGAAACAACUCGACCGAUUUGAACCCGAUCCUUUGCACCUCAAUCAGUAACGUCAUUUGCUCUUUGGUCAUGAGCGUCCGCUUCAAGCAGAAGGACGCCAAGUUCACAAGGUUCAUGAACCUCAUUGCAGAAGGAUUCAGGCUCUUCGGGUCCUUAAACUAUGCCAACUUCUUCCCUAUCAUGCGCUAUUUACCAGGACUUCAAGAAGUAAUCAAGAAAAUCGCAAAGAACCGUACAGAGAUGGCAGCAUUCUUUCAAGAGACAGUGGAUGACCACCGCGCCACUUUCGAUUCUCAUAAUAUGCGCGAUCUAAUCGAUAACUACCUCAUGGAGAUCGAAGACGCUAAAGCGACAGGACGAUCCGAGGAACUUUUCCAAGGAAAGGAACACGACAGACAGAUGCAGCAGAUCAUCGGAGAUCUCUUCAGCGCUGGCAUGGAGACCAUCAAGACAACCCUUCUCUGGGCUGUCUUGUAUAUGAUCCACGAACCAGAAGUGGCCAGCAAGAUCCAAGAAGAACUGGACAGAGUUGUUGGUCGCAACAGACUUCCUAAGCUAGAAGACAGACCUUAUCUUCCUUACACAGAAGCCGUCAUUCUCGAAGUUCUCCGGAUAUCUUCAGUCGUACCUUUGGGAACCACUCAUUCGAUUCAUCAAGAGACAAAAUUAGGCGGAUAUACGAUACCGGAAAACGCACACGUAGUCCCUCUUCUUCAUGCAGUGCACAUGGACCCAAAUCUCUGGGAUGAGCCAAAAGCCUUCAAACCAGAAAGAUUCCUCAAUCAGGAAGGAAAAGUCUGCAAACCUGAAUAUUUCAUGCCUUUCGGAGUUGGAAGGAGAAUGUGUCUAGGAGACGUUCUCGCCAGGAUGGAACUCUUCGAGUUCUUCUCAUCUUUGAUGCACACCUUCCACCUCCGGAAGGCAGGCGAGGACAGCGGUCUUCCUACUCUGGAAGCCACAACUGGAGCAACUUUAACUCCUCUUCCUUUCGAAGUAUCUCUUGUCCAGAGACCGCUCCAGGAUUCUCCUCACGAGUUCCUCAACACCUGCCAAGGAUUGAGGCCUGCUGGAUCACUCUAAAGCACACCCUCCAAAACAGUUCCUCGUCUUCCUAAAUUUCGUCCGAAAAAAUUAUGAUUCUCCAUUAUUUAAACAAGGACGAGUCUAUAAGACUGAUUUUUUGUUUAUUAUUAAUUUUCUUUUUAACUUAUGUGGUGAAUGAUUGUUAUUCUAUGUUUAGUUUUGUUAUAAUAUUGUUAAUUAGCUUUUAGUGAUUAAUAUCUCGUAACAUCACUAAGAUUUUGAGGUGCCAUAAUGUAUAGGUAUGUUUCUCGUGUUCAGUGUUCUCCAUUAAUUAUAUUGUCGGCUGUGUGUAUACUAAGCUCAGAUCCAAUGUGUUCAUUAUUAGAUUUGUCUCUAGAAUGACGUUCCUCUUUCUAGUCAUUAUUAUGCUCUCUUCUUGUUGUAACUUGUAAGAAUAAUGAAGUAUAUAAUAUAAUUUUAUUAUUUUACAAACAAGAGUGCACUGUACACGCCGAUAUAAUAUAAUAAUAUGCAGCUAGCUAUAUACCUAGUCCUUUCAGUAUUAUACAGUUAAAUAUGUUCCUCAUUCUUGUUAUUGGAAGGAUCGCAUUUAUACUUACCAUAAUAUUUUACUUUGUUGUGUAGCUAGUACAACUACUUAUAAUUUUUGUAUUUUUUUAGCCUUAAAUUAUUUUUUAAUAAAAAUGAUCUGUAUACGAUUUUUAAAAGUAUUGUUUUUAUUAAAUGUUUCUUAA